AUGCAGGGUCUUGUAGAGCCUCAGCUUUGUGCGCCCUGGCGGCACCAGCCGCUGACACUGCUGUUGGGAGCAGCUGGCUCCAUUGUGCGGCUCUGUACUGGUUUUAUGGAGCAUGAAGGGACAGACGCCGUCCCAGUAACGGACUCUUUCAUUGCAGGUUUCGUGACCGCCCUGCAGGUGAUGAUGGACAAGGAUAACAUACAGGUCGCCCGUGGCCAGUCCGCAGCGCUCUUAUGCACCUUCACCACCAGUGCGGCGCUCACCAACCUCAACAUCAUCUGGACCGUUACCCCUUUGUCCAAUGCCAACCAACCCGAACAGAUCAUUAUAUAUCAGGGCGGGCAGGUCUUCACGACGGCGGCGCAGUUCCAAGGACGAGUGGGUUUUAUGCAAACCAUGCCAAGCACCAACGCUUCAAUCUACAUAAAUAACACGCAGCUGUCCGAUACAGGGACCUACCAGUGUAUGGUCAACAACUUCCCGGAUCGGGCACUGCGCAAUAUUGGCGUACUGGGAUUUACCGUUUUAGUGCCUCCCUCUGAACCCCUCUGCAACAUUCAGGGAUCCCUGGAUAUUGGGAGUGAUGUCACUCUGACUUGCAGCUCGGAGGAAGGAAUUCCCAGACCCACGUACUUAUGGGAGAAAGUCGAUAACAAUCCCAUCCUCCCUGCAUCUGUAACACAAGACCAGUUUCAAGGUACUAUCUUACUGAAGAACAUAAGUACUGCAUCCUCAGGGCGAUAUCAGUGUGUAUCAUCCAAUCUCAUGGGUGCUCGAACCUGCCUUCUAGACCUGCAAGUACUUGCUCCUCAGCACCAGAGCAUGGGUCUUAUAGCUGGAGCCAUCGCUGGGGGAGUGUUGGUGCUGGCCAUCUGCAUAAUCGUGGUAGUUGUUGGGUUGUUCUACUGGAGGAACAAGCACAAGGAAGAGGAAGAUGAAAUCCCUAAUGAGAUAAGAGAGGACGAUCUUCCUCCGAAGUGCGCAUUGUCUACCAAAGUCUUUCACCCUGAUGCCUCCUCCUCUGAGCAUGAUACACUAACGUCCACCAACACAAACAUCUACAAUGGUCACUACUGGAGUAACUCCAAGUCCAAUUUCAACACCGGUUCUUACGUCCAUUACAACUGCAAUGGUUGCCGCCAACCCUCCGCCCGUUCAGUGACAGGUCAUCCAAGACCAACAUAUGCUAAUGGUGGACAACCUUCUACAGGUCCUCCAAAGACAUUGGUGGUGACGGCUAGCACAGCCCCUUCUCCAAAGACUGGAGGUAGAAGCAACGGUACGGUUGGCAGAAAAGCUAAGCCGUCUCAAACUAGGUCUUAUGCUGUUAGCCAGGCCACAUUGGAGAGGAUAGGUGCUGUACCGGUCAUGAUACCAGCUCAGAGUAGAGCUGGGUCGCUAGUAUAGACAGAGCAUAAAGUCAGCUUGGGGCAAAGAAGAGUCGUGUCAGCAUGUGGGAUGAAAGAACAUCACGUGUGCUUCUCUGUUCCUUCCUUUCAUCCAGGCAAUCUACAACUGGAAAAAGGCCGGUCCUUUGCUCUUGUGAGAGCAGACAUACCCUGAGACAAGGAAUAAACAGGGGAAGUGUGGACGGUUUUCUCGAGAUUAGAACUCGUCCUUGUAGUGCCAAGCACAGCCCCGGGGCUUCCAACACAGGAUAACAUAUGUGCCUCCCGUACUCUGGUUCAGCUCCUCUCACUCACACAAAGCCCCAUUAAAGGCUUUAUUUUUGUAGCAUUCACCUUGCUUGGAAUCCAACUAGUUCUCUUGUUCUUUGAAGACGGUGCUAAGGAGCCCCCCACCCAACUCACCCUUCUGUACCACCCUAAAAAUCACCAGCUAAAGAAGUAAUCACCCCAUCCCACAUACCUCCAGCACUUUAUUCAUACCCACCUCCAUGGAAUAACAUCCAACAGGUAGAUACAUUGCAAGAACCCACCAUCGCCACUGAAUAUGACACGGACUUCAUCAUACCAAGAAGAUCCCUCAAGAUUCCUAAGAUCUCGAUUUUUUUUCCCCUCAAAUAUUUGUUCCUAUUUUGAGAUUAUAGACACUGAACCUGUUUUGCAUUCUUUUACUGAAUUUAAUAUAUAUAUAAAAAAAAAUAUUUUUCUGUAGUAUUUGAUUUUUUUAGGGGCUCUGUAGUCAUCAUUGUAUCAAAUUUCGAAUACUAGGUCAUUGUAUUGUGUUUGGCAAAUGUGUCAACUUCUUUUCUUCCCUCAGAAAAAAACAUCAUUAUUAUUUUUUUGUUCUUAACGCGUUUAUUUUUUAAUGGACUUGAUUUGCAGAUAUUUCUUAAGUUGCAGAACUAGAUGUCCUAUCAUGGUCUUUCAGCUCCGGUUGAGACCAUGGGUGAACUUUUAGUUCCACCAUUUCUCAGGAAGCGUGGGUUGUCCACUUUAGACGAACAUGCAGUAGGAUGUAUGGAAGAAUUUUUGAAAUUGCUGUAGUCUACAGAAGUUGGAUGAGGGAGCCUGAACAUGCAGUAGGAUGUAUGGAAAUAAUUUUUGAAAUUGCUGUAGUCUACAGAAGGUUGAAGAGGGAGCCGUACAGAGUUUCGGGUGAUUUAAUGACAAGCAAUGGCAAGGAAUUAAUACGUUUUUGGUUCAACAAAUGCAACACGUUCUAGUGAUUGUCCUCCAUGAGCACCAAUGGGUCAACCAGCCUCCUCGUUGAGUGUUAGCCUUCAAAUCCUGUCUUCUUACCCAGUGAAGGGCUGAAGCUUUCAUAUAUCUCUAUUAUUCAGUGGACGAACACAGAAACAGUUGAAUCUCCUUAUGCUGCAAAUCCAACUAAGUGGCAACAAAAAGGGGGGGAAACGGCAAGUAUACCCCAAGUGGACUCUUGAUCGAAAUACUGGAUAUCCAGUGUUUAUGUGCCUGAAAAUUGAUGUCUGCAGAGUUACAGUAUUAUGUACACAAGAGCCAAACUUUAUAAUGUUCAAAUAACUUUAUUCACAGGUUACAAGUGUUCUAUACCUCUCUCUCUCUAUAUAUAUAUAUAUUAGAUUUCAUAUUUUUUCUUUCCAGUCUCAACCAAAAUCCAGAAUAUUUUUGCAUUUUUUUCAUAGUAUCCCAUGAUCAUUAGUUAUCUAAAACGGUCCAUAGACAUGUCUCGACCAUACCAAGUGUGCAUGUAAUUUCAGUGGGCUACUCUAUGCUUCUGGGUUGGAUAAGUUAAAACUGAACCUAAUGGAUCCUUAUUCUGCUCCCCAGGUAGAGAUGUUUAUGGGCACUGCCCAUAGACAUUGAGAUCCAUGUUAAAAUAAUGAAUGUGUAUGGCUAGUUUUCCAGUAGAGUAUAGGCAACCCGUCACCAGGACAGGAACCUUGUUUUGCACUAAGGAUGCCAAACUGGUUGUUGCAAAUGAGUCCACCAAAUGGUCUCCUGAUUGCCACUGAUGGGUCUGGAAAAAAAAUAUUUACCCCCAUGUACCCUCUCCCUCCCUGUUAAAGAGAACCUAUUCCCAUGAUGGUUACAGAGUUGAUUCUCGUGGCCCUAAUGCAAGAUCUGAAACAAGAACCCCACCUACCAUGUGUCAUGGUGUUUUCUUACGUGCACUAGUUUUUUGGGUGCAACAGCUUGCUUUGCACCCCCUAUAGUUGUUUCUAAAGAAUCAUUAAGGUUCUGGGGAGCAUUUUUUGGGUGCUGGUUUACCCACUAAUUCAGCGUUUAUGAGUCUAUCAUAAUAAAGGAGAUCCAUCCUGCUAAAAGGUCUUUUCCACCAAUCUCAUACACUAUCCAAGCUGAGCAGACUGGGUCUAGGAUUUCAACGAGUGUAUUUUUUCAAAAACUUACUUAGGUCAAAUGGAAAUCUGAUCAUGUUCGUUGGAUAUUAAGUUGUUUUCUAUUAAUUCCGGUUAUAGUCUCAUCUGAAUGUUGGAUUCAUGUGUUCUUCACAGUUUCUCCCUCCUUUCCGAAUAUGAUGUCAAUUAACCAACUGCUGCAAUGUUAUAGUAGAGCAUUAACUCACCGGCACGGUAAUGGGUUUCAGACAGGUUCUGCCUAUUCCCUGACAUGUCCCUUGACUAAUAUAGUCUGGAUGUUUCAGAUGAGUGGGUGAGGGAGGUUUGUUCUAAUAUUUUGGGAUAAAAAAUAUCUUCAAAAUAAUCCAUGCAUCCAUGACUUUUUGAUAUAUCCUAAAAAAAAAAAAUAUGCAUUUUGGCCAUAUUCGGAAUGUCUUUAAUACUAGUUCUAAUAUUACUAGGGGUGCAUAUGCCUUCAUAAUGACUUGAAUACAAAAACUCUAAUAUUUACUGCAAAAGCUUUGCGGCAUUCGAUGUGCCAACCACCUGUUGGGUGGCAUGCUUGGCAGCACACUAAUGUGGGUAUGUAUGGCUUGCAUGGUAGUAAUCUAUAAAAUGUAUGGAUACCACAAUUUUUAUGGGGGUAGGGUAGAUCAUUUAAAACGAUAAUUGGGUCAGAGGUUGCACUUGCUCAUAGGUCUUUUACCGCUCAGAAUUGGCAUUCAUGGAUUUGAUAGGUUCCCCUCCUCAAGAUUUUUUGAACGGGUGCUGGGCACCUGUUUAACGUGGGUGGUGGUCUGGGGGAUGGGCUGUGCGUGAGUGCGUCUUCUGUACACACUCCCAAAUGCCAUUCUGGUUGUUCACUGAGUCUGAGGAUGCCUAAGCAGUAACUAAUCUCGUCCUCCUGCUAUGUUUACAUUUGCUAUGGCAGAUAAAAGAGAAAAAACUCAAAAUCUUAAAACUCAGUUUCCUGCAUCCUGCAUAAUAGUUUGAGAUGCCCGGCCUGCCGCAUGAAAUCCUGUUUCUUGAGUGAUGUAAGUAAAAAAAAAAAUAUAUAAAAAAAAAAAAAAAGAAUGCCCAGAUUUUUUGUUUUUUUUCUAAUGCAUAAAGAUGAUAUGACCAGAAAUAUUGAUACUUUGUAUCACUGAAGGCAACUUCAUCGUUAGGGGUUGGUGGUACCAGAAGUUGGAAUUUACAGUAGAGAAGUAGGAACAUUAUUGGGAUUACCCAUGACUUGGAACCCUUUGUGAUGUGACGAAUUAAAAAUAAUUGGGAAGACCAAAAUCAACAGAAUCCUUUUGAGUCCCAUUCAUGCCUACAUUUUUUAGAAUGUGAUAGAACUGAGAAAUUACAGUAUGUACAUUCCUUACCUCUAUUUACAUGCGAUGAUGGACCAAGCUGGAAUGUAGACAGUUGGAACCCUUUCUUGACCCAUGUAUUACAUUAGCGCUUGAUCCCCACUGUAACUUUUUGAAUAACAUGCAUUGAUUUACCAAAAGGUUCUGUGAAAUACAGAUGUAGCAGAGCUCAACUCAACUGAGAGUUGAUACCUACUCAGUUUGAUAUCAUGAUAGGUUAUCCGUGGUUUUCUGUAGACUUGCAGAUAUACCAUACCUAUGUUAUAGGAUUCCAUAGGAGGUAGCAUGGCCCACAAUUUGACACCUUGCAUUCAUGGCUAUGUUUUCCCCAGGUCCCUCUGAACAUGGGACACAUCUACCCUUUACCAAAUGGUAGUGAUUUUUGCCAACUUUCUCACUGAAUUCUACAAGUUCUCCAUUGUUGUACAAUCUGGUAAAGAGAUGGUCAGGUUGGUUUUGUUCCAAUCUGAGAGUGAAGCCCAACACUAAGAAUUUUUUGUAGAGUGGUAUUCUGUUCUGACUUAACGAAUAUGGUCCCCAAUGGGGAGAUGGCCACUUUAUGCCAUCUCUGUGCCCCAAGGCUGCCUUCAUGAAACCUGGUGAGAAAAAACAGCAGCAUGAAAAUGACCAACGAUAACCCAAGGUCAUUCUCAAACUUUGGACAUGUGGUGAGAAUGACCCCAGGUAAUCUUAGCCGUUGUGACUUUGCAAAGUUAAAUCAUUAAAACUACUCCAUAGAGAAGUGAUCCUAACCCAUUUAAUCUUGAAGCUGAUGUGGGUCCAGCUUUUUCGAAUUCCCAAUGAUCAACUGUGAUCACCAGGGGAUGCUGCAUUUGACCAAAUGUCCAUAUCUGCAUGGGCAGUCUAAAUCCAUCAGAACAAGAGACACUUCUAUAGAGGGACUCCCCUUCGUCAUGUCCUCAUGAGACAAUCCCUUGGUGUUCAAACACUUCACAAUGGGAAUGACUAAGGUAAUUCUCAAUCUUUGGGAACACUGUGAGAAUGAUCCUGGGUAACCUUAGCUGCCCCAUCAUAAGAACUGUCCCAUGGUGAUGAUUAACACCCUCCAUGAAGAUCGAAGUAAUUUGAUUUUCUCCUGACCCAGUUUCGAGGUUGCAGUGGCUCGAACUGGUAAAUUAAUUUACUUAUCCCAUAUCCCCAAAUAUAAUUUCUUGGCUCAGCUAUCUUAGCGGCUACCACGUCUGUUCUCAAGUGAAUAGAAGUAGGAAUUUGUGCGUACCGCAUUUCCCAGGAGUUAGCCCCAUUUAGAUCCUCAGUGUUGUAUAACAUAUUGUGCUUUUUUAUUAUAUUACCAUGUCCUUUUUUUUGGACUUAACACAUAAAGUUCCAUAAAGUUCUCCCCCAGAACAGACCGACCUAUAGAGUCGCUCCCUCUCUGCAUUUCCUUUUUAUAUUGGCGAGGCAGCAGGAUCUGUGAAGCAUUGCGACUCUCAAACAUCAGUGUCCCUGGCUGCAGUACAAUGCAGUCGAGGGAACGGUAGACACUAAGACACUGCAGAAACAUUAGCACCAGCUGUCGUCACUGAGCAGAGGAGUCUUAUACUGAGCAGUUACUGGGAUCCACCAUGACCUUGCGUCUAAUAUCACAUUUUAUUCCGAAAGACGUGCCCUCACUUUAUGGAAAUCGCAUUGACUUUCAUCUGAAAUCUAACAUUAAACCCUUAAGGACAGGGACAAUUUUUCUAUUUGCAUUUUUGUUUUUUUAUCCCCAACUUCCGAGAACCAUAACUUUUUAAAAUUUUCCAUUUGCGUAGACGUAGGAGGGCUUUUUUUUUUGUGGGACAAGUUGUAAUUUUUAAUGGCACCAUUAAAACACAAAACGAAACACAAUUCCACCAUAGUUUUUAGGAUUUUAGUGUUCACUAUGUGCAAAAAAAAUAACCUGACCAUAUUCUGUGGGUCGGUAUAAUUAAAGGGAUACCACAUUUUUGUAGUUUAUAUAAUGUUUUAACUACUUAAAAAACUUUAAACUACUACUUUGAAACAAUUAAUAACAAACAUAAUUUUUAUUUUAUUUUUCCAUCUACAGAGCUGUAUGAAGGCUCAUUUUAUUGGUACCAUUAUGGGGUACAUACCACUUUUUGAUCACUUCUCAUUCAAUUUAUUUGGGUGUCCAAAAGUAGCAAAUCUAUUUUAAUUAUUUUUUGUUACGGCAUCCACCAAACACAUGACAAAUAUUGUUAUAUUUUAUUUAUUUAAAGGCUAUGGACACCUUUUGAGGGCAUUUUUUUAAAUUAUUGCAUUGUACUAUGAGCUAAAAAUACUUUUUUUCAAUUGGUCUUUAUUAAAAAUAUGGAGUCCUUUUUUCUGUACAAAGCUGAGAUGCUCUAGCAGCUGCCUGUGGAUUCUCUGUCAUCUAGGGAGCAGACGGACUCCUUAUCUCUGCUCUCUCUCUACCAUUAUAGCUCAGUUCUUAUCUUACAGAUAAGGAUGUGGCCUAGAUAAGUUUUUAUGAUCUCUAAGUUUAGAGAUAAGAGUUAUUAUAUGAGGGCACAAAGUGAAAGUACCAGUCACACAGCUAGACAAACAGUUAACCUUUUGUAACAGAACAACUCAAUAUUUUUUAUAAAGGCCAAUUGAAAAAAACUAUUGUCUGCCAAAAAUGAGUAACAUGCAAUCAUAAACAAAAAUUAACUCCAAAGGUGUACAUAGCCUUUAAGUUUAUUUAUUAUUAUAUGGUAAGUAAAAUUGGGAAGGGGGGAUAGAAUUUUUUUUAUUUUUUUAAACUUUUUUUUUUCUCUGUAAUUUUUAUUCCCUUUGAGAACUGCAUGUUCAAGAGAACUUGAACAUGCAGUUUCAUGAUUGCUUGUCAAAUAUACCACAGUAGAUUUUCACAGGCUGCCUCCCAGGCUGUAGCUGAGGAUUAGCUUUGCAUUUGUCAUAGAAACUGAUUAGAACUCCAUGAUUUUGCCUACAGGGCUCCAAUCGGCCCUCUCCUUCUGACCCUACAGCUGCCGUGGUCAUUACUGACAGUGGCAUCUGUGGGGUAAAAUGGCUGGGAUCAGCGUUAUCUCCGAUCCCAGUCACUGCCGUUGGUUGUCUGCUCUGUUAUACAACUGGCACCAGCCAUAUAUGGAGUGAGCUCACUCCAUUCUUCUCCUUAAUGCUCAUGAUUUACGUGUACAGUAUGUCAUGGUGGGUUAUGGCAUUAAAGAGCGUGAAAAUUGUUUAAAACAUUUUAUAUUACUUACUGUAUUUUUAUUAUCCAUUUUGCUUAUAUGGCAUUAGGGCAUCUAAACAUCUAAGUACCCCCCCAAAUUUACCUUCACAGUGGGCUAUACCUAUUAAAAGCACAGCAAGAGGACAGAGCCAGUAAAUCUAAGAGACAAGCUGUGUCUUUAGAAGAGCUGUAAGACUCCACGAUAUUGUUUAUCUCAUAUUAAAAAGAGAAAAAAUAACUUGCCUAAAAAUCCAAAAAUCCAUGGCCCCUUAUGCAAUAUUUUGGUCAAAUUCUAAUGCCAUCUAAUGCGCCUACACUUCAUCUCGGACCUGUUUAUACCCCACAUCCCUAGUACAGGAGGUCAAGGGGUAUUAUUUGGCCCCUUCCAGUCUUACUCAAGAUGUAUACAUCCAGCUAAAAGAAUGUGCCAAAUGGUCCAUGUGGCAACUGAACAUUUGGGUAGUUUCUCCAAAUGUAACUAGACACAGAACCUGCACGACCGACCAUUAUUGGUCAAAAAUUUCAGUUCGAGAGCAGACUUUUCCUAAUUUUCCAAUCACGUAGCAAAUAUCUGUUAAUAUGUGAUGUUCGAGGUUUGGAACGUUUGUCGGAUUGGAGGUUAACCUACACACUUAUGUCUGUAGACCCUCUUUUUCGUUGCAGACAUUAUUUCCUGAGUGGGAUCUUGCACAUAAUGUCUACUUCUAAGUAAACCUCCCACCCGCUUUCUAUUCCUUCUAACCAAUGUGUGGUCCUCAAGGAGGUCUGGUGCCUAGAGAAGGUGAUGGUUUCCUUCGUGUUACAAAGUAUCAUAUUUUUUUCAAAAAUAUUCAAAAAUUCAUCAUUCAACUGUUUUCAGAAUAUUUUCGAUGAGCCAAAUUGGGGGGGGGGGGGGCUCAAAGUCUGGGUCUCUGUCAUGAAGAUGUGAAAUGCAUUUUUACAUUGUAAGGCACGGUAUCCAUAUAGCGGUUGUGACAUUGACUGACAUAUUUGGCUACCCUUUUGGGGGAAGGUUUGCCACAACUAGGAUCUGAUCUAAAAGGGAACCUAACGGGUCCAGACCCAGCUAUGCCGAAAAAGACUAAGAUAACAAAUCCCCCCUUGUCCUAACCGUUAUAGAGGAACCCGGCUUCAUAGGGCUCAAUGGAAUCUAGCACCACUAACCAUCUGCUGUCCACUACUUAAAGAUCCUUAUCUCAGAAUGUAGCAGAUUUAUUCGGGAUUGUUCCCAUCUGGUUAUGGGAUGGUAAUGGCUUAUAAAAUACUGUAGACGCAUGAGACCUACAAAUCAGGGAGCUUCAUCAUGUGUUAUGAGCAUGUAAACACCUUGGAAGAAGCGGAAACAUUUUGUAUAUUUUGUAAAAAAAAUAAAAAAAUAAAUGAAAAUAGAAAAAUUUAAAGAAAUAUACUA